AGCUAGAGACAAGUAGAGUUCUAAUUCUGCAUGUGGAAAUCAGGAACUACGAGUACUGUGCAAGAAAAAAAUAGUGUCACCUGUCACAGAGCGCUAUCCCUUGUAGUUGUAGGCUGGUCGUAAGUGAAGCUCUCGCUGGGAAGGGGAGCAAGGCUUAGUAAUUAUUAGUUUAGUUAGUUCUCGGCAGUCAGUCACGCCGCAGCAUCAUCUUGUACAGUUUAUAGCUUGCUAUGGCGCGCACACCAAGACCACGUCAGGAACGGCGUCCCGACCUACACGACGUUCUAGCUGAAGAGCAAGUCACUUCUUCAAGUUCUUGUGUCGAAACUAACUUGGAGAGUUUCCCUCGACCUCAUCACCUCAUAGCACAUCAUCGUGAAGCCGAAGACCAGCCCUGGUGCAAGCGAUUGACCGCCGGUAAACGCAGACGGCAUUGCGACCGGCAAGGAUCGCCGGCGAGUUUAUGAUGCGAAACCAUGUCAGACGAUGGUGUUGGCUAAAAUGGUGUUCAGUAGCACUGCAUGAUGCUAAGCUGGCUGGGCCAGUCAGCCAUUAGGCCCUGCACUGGGCGACUUCAACACUUGGCAAGUUGCUUAGCUUUUAUGGAGAUGACAACAUUUCCUGUUUCGCUUCUGCUCUUGCCCGUUAGGCCAUGCAAGAUGUCGUUCCCCUGGCCAAGUACCUUUGCCACAUCGCUAGUUAGCGUUAGUUUCACCUUAGUUACCGAUGCUGACGACCGGCAUUGCCCAAACAUGUUUUCUACGCAAUGUGCAGCAACUGCAGGUGGUACAGUGACCUGGUGACAUAUUGGUGCUUGUGUCAUCAGUCACUGUGAAUAAGAUCAGUACUGAGAGCAAUAUGCCAUGGCAUUCAUUUGCACUCACAGUAACCAAGACUGGAGACUUCUCUCUGACUCUGAGCCUGAGGAGACUUUGUGAAUGCUGAGAGUCUACGGCGUGCAUGUGAUGCACUUGUACUAUGUAGUGUACGUAGCUGCUAUGUACCUGGCCCAGCUAGCUGUGCAUAGCAGGGUGCAUAGCAGGGUGUACAGGCUACACAAUGCCCAGUGGCUACGGGCUAUUUACACUGAAGGGUGUACCUGGUGUACUGUGAGAGAUGAAGAACAUGAUUGUAGUGAAACCGGCGAAUGAACUAGCCUUCUCACUGCUGACCCUGGAGUACUUACUAACACCAUUUGUGGCAGGCUCUUCCCAGUGCGCUGAACUCACACAGGCUGUUGGUGGUGGUGGUGGUGAUGAUGAUGAUGAGUAGUGCUGUGGUGAUGGUGGUGUGAGAAGUCAAGACAGAAAGCUGAAGAAAAGAAGAAGCAUUACUGAGUGAUGUAGAUGAAGAUUGGCGAGAGUGGAGUAUAGCAGGUAUCAUUGCUAUCACUUGGAGUAUCAGGAACAACACGGCGGAGUGUGUGUGUGUGUGUGUGUGUGUGUGUGUGUGCUAGUUGCUGAUGUGUUGGACAGCAUACACUGAUCGCUCAGUGAGUCAGAGUGAGAGUAUACGGUGUAGUUGCUGGUGGAGACUAGCAGAGGCAGAGGACACAGCAGAGGACACAGUCACAGUGCUGCUCAGGCGGCUGCUGCUGCUGCUGCUGCUGGGACAGGUUGAACGCAGGUUAUCACUGAAAGCAGGUUGGCUGGCUAGAUUGAAGUUGGAGAACAUCAGUGACAUCAGUGGUCGAGUUGCUGAGUAACAUAGUGCCAGUGUCAAUAUCACUAUCACCUUGAACAGUGUAAGGCAAGAUGGCAGCCAAUGGGCCUGAAGACGGUCCCAUUAAAUUCACGUCUAUUCGCGAUAGAAUGGCAGCAUACACUCAAGCUGCAACAGCAGUGGCAACAGGUGCAAAUUCUAACCUUGCCAGUUCAACUGAGAGUCACGCAUCUUCUUCCAGUACAGCUCCUAGCAGCCACAGCGCAUCUUCUACCAAAGCUAUAAACAAGUUAUCUAACAGGGCUGCAAGUGCUGCACUCUCUAAGUCCAAGCCCAACGGCACCAAGAAAAGCAGCAGCAGUAAUAUGAACGCUGGCUGCUCGACUUCCCAACACAAUGACUUGAACCGAAAAAAACAUCUGCCAUCCACUGCAUCAGGGAAAUCAGCAGCAAAGUUGGCAACGUCGCAGCGUAAUGACAAUCCAAGACACAGUAGCCAUGGCACAGUACGACGACCAGCGUUUGGUAGCCAUUGCGGCAACUCAAAGGACAGUCAAGAAAGAGAAAGGCAAUUAUUGGAUGAAAUGCAUCAAGCCAUGAUGAAAGCAAGUAUGCGUCAUAGAGGUGUUGACCCAAGUGAAGAUGAUGGUGAGGAAGAAGAGGAGGACGACGGCACAUUCUAUAGCGGUGAGAACAGCCAAGAAGAAGAAGAAGAAGAGGAAGAUGAUGCGUGUGAAGAAGAAGGAGAUACAGAAUAUUAUGAUGAUGACGAGGGAGGAGAGGCUGAUUACAGCCAAGGUGAAGAAGAAGAAGAAGAAGAAGAUGAUGACGAGGAAGAAGAAGAGAAUGAGGAUGAUGAAGAGUACGACGAGUCAGACAGCUGCUGGGACGAAGAAGAGCAAGAUGGUAAACAGCAACACGUCAGCAGUACUGAACUCCUGGAUGAAGACAGUGAGUCAGCGGCGUAUGAAGAUGAUGAAGAGUGUGACGAGGAUGAAGAAACUGACGUGGAACAUGAAAUGGAAGAAGAUGAGGAAGAGGGAGAGGAUAGUGAAGCGGAGACUGACAACGACUGUGAAGAAGACUACGAAGAUGACAGUGAGUUUGUAGCGGAUAAUGUCAACUAUCCACAUCGAUCGCGGUGUAUGACUACGGUUGAAGAAGAAGAAGAAGAAGAAGAAGACGAGGACGAGGAAGACGACGAAUACGAUGGACAGGAUGGUAAUGCUGAACGGCAUAAUGGACAAGUUACUCCUUCUCAGGGGUUGCGCAGUUGCUCCAAUCAAACGGAUGGAAGGGAUAGUGGUUUUGGCAGUUACUCUAGUCGAGUUACGCCAACCUCAUCACCUGGAUCCUGCUACUCCAAUGAUCAUGGAGAUGAUGAUGACGAUGAUGAUGAUGGAGAUGCUGAUACUGACUGUGUUGAUCAGGAUUUGUGCAGCUCUGAUGAACAUUCAGCAGCCAACCGAGAUUCUAAAGAGCUACGACGUGUGAAGAAGCAGCAGGCACAUCUUCGAAAUGCGCUUCUGUCCAGUGAAGACAAAAUUGGUGUUGUUCAAGCUGAGAAAGAUGUCCUUACAGCUCAGCUGAGAAUGGCCAAACGCCAGCUGGAGAUGUAUCGCUUAUCACGUGAUGACAGUGACUCACAUACUGAGAGGAUUGUACAGAAAAUGGCGAAGCAACUCCAGGAUAUGCAGUCCAGUACAGCAUUGGCUGUUUCAGACAAGGAUGCUCUCUCAGACACACUGAAAGCUGCACGUGGUCAACACAGCAAAGAUGAGGAGAAGAUCCAACAGCUCACCCUGCAGUUGAACACAGCUAAGCAAGACUUGAAAGCGGCAGUGAAAGCAGCCGCGGAGACAGAGAGAACAAGGGCAAAGGGCUCAUCCGGUGCAGAAGCAGAUACAGUAAUUCAGUUACGCUCUGAAUUGGAUUCAGUGCAGGUCCUCGGAAAGCAGCGAUUUGACGAAUGUCGAGAAGCAGUUGCCAAACUCACCACAUUGGCAUCCGAUUUUGAGAGAAGAUGUGACAGCCUGGUGAAGGUGCAGCAAGAGAAAGCAAAGAAACUAGAGCAAGCUACACGGCAGGAACAACAUCUCAGCUUGCAGGUGACCAAGCUAACAAAGGACCUAGAUGAGCAAGCCAAAGUCCGAGAGAACAAGGAGAAGGAGCAUCAUGGGGAAGUUGAGGCUUUAGGUAAAGCCAUAGAUGCUGCCUCCAAGAAGUUAUCUUCGGCUGAGAAGAGUCAUGCAGAAGCAAUGGAAGCUUUGAAACAAGAUUUAUCAGAUCAGAUUGAUAUGAAAGAUAUCCAAGUGAAGAAAUUCCAAGAUGAAGCAGAGUAUCUCCGAUCUACUGUUCGUGAGCAAGAGCAGCGCCUAAUUGUUUUAAAUGAACUGGAGUUGCGUGUUGCUGAGCUGCAAGUAGGAGAAGAAGUCCUUCAUAACCAGAUCAAUGAAGAGAUGGAGGACAACAAACGCUUAUUGAAGCAAAAAACGGACUUGGAGGCUGCACUGCAACAAGAGAAAGCAAAUAGGAAAGCAUUGGAAGAAAGGCUGAGUGCGUCAGUGUCUCGUGCUUCUCUUGCUGCUCCCACUGCUGCUGCUUCUGCUGCUGGUGGUGCCACUGCUGGCACUUCAACUAGUGCUACGCCAAGCAAGCGUCCUCGUAAAGAGAAGCUAACUAGCAAAAAGAAUGAAGUUUCUCAAUCGCCUGCACUAGAUUCAGAAGAACACACUGUCUUGAGAAGAUCAAGAAGCAAGGAUUCCAUUAAUACGGCCUCUCCGUCUCACACAGCGGUACCAGUGCGCACAAAGAAGAGUCGUAGUAAUUCCAGUUCAAGUCACCGGCAUAGUAUUGCUUCAUCCAACCCAGCACAGCAUGCCAGUUCAGUAUGUGAUAUUAAUGAGCACACACAGCAGGCACAGCAGACAUCUUCAACACCUGGUCGUAAACAUUCGAGCCGUGCUGGGGAUUCGUCCACAUCAUCAUGCUCUGUAGGAGCCAGUUCAGCAGAGACCAGUGUACCUUCUCAUAGUCGAUCAUCCUCUGUGUCAACUAAAAAGCAAAUGCUCCUGGAGUGGUGCCGACUUCGCACUAAGUCUUACAAAAACGUUGAUGUUCGUGACUUUAGCCGGUCCUGGAGCAGUGGUCUAGCAUUUUGUGCGCUAAUACAUAGCUACCAGCCAAGGAAAAUAGCCUUUGACACUCUUCAAGCGGCUAAUAAGCGUGAAAAUUUCCAACUGGCAUUUUCAACUGCAGAGAAGCUCGGUGUUGCACCAUUGCUGGAUGUUCACGAUAUGGUAGAGAUGGAGAAACCUGAUUGGAUGUCGGUCAUGACGUAUGUUGCAAGCCUGUACAAUCGAUUCGCUGCGGGAGAUAUGAGUUAGAAGAAGAGUCUUAUGAAGAUGGUGGCAUCAAUCAAGCUUUGCAGUGCGUGAGCCAUUUAUAUUAUAUUUCUGCAAAAACUGGCAAACAUGUGAUCUGUAUUUUGCAACCCAGUGUCAGUCUUGCUCCAUAUGUGUGUAUGUGUGUGUGUGUGUGUGCGUGGGUGCGCGCGCGUGCGUGUGUGUGCAUGCGUGCGUGUUUGCGUGCAUGCAUGCGUGUUUGCGUGCAUGCAUGCGUGUAUGAAUGAGUGACUGUGUGUGACUCUAUGUGUGUGUGUUCCAUUAAGUACAUACUCACAUACUUUGCAAGUUAUCACCUGACAGCUAUCACCUGACAGUUAUCACCUGACAGUUAUCACCUGACAGUUAUCACCUGACAGCUAUCACCUGACAGCUUUUCCUGUGCAGUGUAUUUUGUCUGCCUCGUUAACCUGCCUCUGUGCUGCUGCUGGUCGGCACUACUCACUGCAAUCUGUGUGACCAGAGUACCUUGGCAUCUCUUGAUAAUGUUUAGUUUGCUGCACACUCUGUUCAGCCUGUAUAGCAGCCUGGCGGCCUAUGGUUAUCAUGCGCUUGUGAGGAUAACAGUGCCCGCCGGCCGGCUAGCCAUUUUAGAGAAAAAGACAAGGGAACAAACCUGUUGUUGUGUACCUACUA